UGGCGUUGCUGGCCGUGAGGGAAGCAACGUGCUCAGCAGUCCUAUCCCUAACUUCAUGAUGAUGCUUCUAUUAAGUUCAUGCAGUAACAUAAAUAUUGUGUUUGUACCAUGUAUUGUUUGCUUGCCUACAAACAGAUGGUUGGUGUGCCUCCUGUCUGUCGCACGGCGCCGCUACUCCGGCCACUGCGCCUUCAGGGAGGGGACUGCGCCGAGAGCUUCAAGGAGUUCAAGGCCAACAACAUCCGUGGAACCUUCCCUGUCCUGCUCCAGAUGGGCAAUGUCCUCGUGUUCGGCGGCCAUGUCCCCAUCGUCAAGGUGGGGCGGAUGGCUGGCCAGUUCGCCAAGCCAAGGUCUGGUAACUUUGAAAAGAAGGAUGGGGUUAAGCUGCCCAGUUACAGGAGAAAAAACGUCAAGGGCGACGCGUUUGAUCUGAAGGGCCGUGUCUGUCCCAGAUAGGAUGAUCAGGACGUACGCGUAGUCGGUGGCGAUGCUCAACUUGCUGCGUGCUAUCGCGACGGGAGGUUACAUAACUAUGAGGCGGGUCAUCCAGUGGAACCUUGAUUUCA